AUGAAUUUAAAUUUUGUCCGAUUCUUCUCUUGAUUAAAUGUAAACAUAUUUAUCAUAGUUUGUGACGUUUAUAAGGUGAUAAAUUUAAAUGAUUGAAGUUGAGAUUUUUCGUAGAGGUGUGGUAAUGUUAUUCAAAUAAGUGGAUUUUAUUGUUCGUGUUUUCGUCUUAAUUGAUGAAAUUACUACAUUAACUCAUACCAUUAUGGAACGCCACCAAAAUGGUAUGGAUGUGUGGGUAGGACAAGGUCGAGUAAAUCAACUGGGCGGUUUAUUCAUCAAUGGUCGUCCAUUACCAAACCACAUCAGGCUGAAGAUCGUGGAGAUGGCGGCGGCGGGUGUACGACCUUGCGUCAUCUCGCGUCAGCUCCGAGUCUCGCACGGCUGCGUCUCAAAAAUUCUCAAUAGAUACCAGGAAACGGGAUCCAUCAGACCAGGCGUGAUUGGAGGAUCGAAGCCAAGAGUUGCUACUCCUGAAGUUGAAACGAGAAUAGAAGAGCUUAAAAGGCAAAAUCCGGGUAUAUUCUCUUGGGAAAUACGAGAAAAACUUAUAAAGGAAGGCGUGUCGGACCCGCCCAGUAUAUCCUCAAUCUCGCGGUUACUUCGCGGUGGCGCCAGGGACUCCGAUGGGAAGAAGGAUUACAGUAUCGAUGGCAUACUUGGAGGUCGAGGAUCAGAUUCUUCAGACAUAGAAUCCGAACCAGGUUUAACAUUGAAACGAAAGCAGCGACGUUCUCGUACGACAUUUACAGGAGAACAAUUGGAUGCAUUAGAAAGAGCCUUCCAUAGAACCCAGUACCCAGACGUAUACACAAGAGAAGAGCUCGCUCUGCAGACCGGUCUCACUGAAGCUAGAAUACAGGUAUGGUUCUCUAAUAGACGAGCUCGAUUGAGGAAGAACACUGGUUCAAAUUCGACUCCAACACUUGCAAGUUAUUCGACGUUACCAAUGCCUCAAAUACCAUGUCCCUAUCCGGCAGGUGAAAUAUCUUCUCUAUCCCAGCACCACCCCCAGCACCCAGAUCCCUGGCACCACCAAAAAUACGCUAACUAUAACCAGUUAAUGGCGCAGUCUCAACAUUUGAAUCAAGCAUUUCAAAACGCUGCUUUUCCUAGCUCGUCAGGUGCGACUUUCAGUCCUCUCGUUUCUGGUGCCAGUGCACCAUCACAUAGCCAGAUUUUGGACGUUAAUGCCGCUAGAAGUGAUUACGCACGAUACCCGCCUAAUGAUAUUUAUAAUAAAACCAUCAACUAUAUGCCCAAAGAUACAGAAGCGGAAGACAAAAUUGUUACUGACGAAAUCAUUGAACAGAGAGACGAUGCUUACGCGAAGACAACUGCUAAUGAAUAUAAAGAAUUGCAGACCAGUGAUUAUCCCAAAGUUCCAACUGAUUACUCUAAGCUUGCAGUGGAUCCAUCUUCGUCUAAUUGGAGCCCUUCGAAUAAUUCAUUAAAUAUGAGUCUUGCUGGGCUAUCCAGUGAUUAUAAAUACAUGAGUGAUCCUUACUCAUUCUCUAAUAUUGCACCCGAUCCUCUCAAUCAACACAAUUAUACUCAUCCAGGCAACGCUGCAAAUAAAUACUGGAUUUGACAAAGGUAUAAAUACCCUUCGUAAUUUGAUGCCUGAGUAUCAGUGGUAUAUGACCAGUACCUUAUCUAGUAGUAGGUUUUGUUUAAAUUUAAUAUUGUUAAUUUUAUUUAAAUUAUAUAAAAUAG